GUUGACGAUGAUGUUUCGGAUAAUGAUGAUGAUGAUGACGCUGAUGAUGAUGAUGAUGAUUAUGAUGAUGAUGAUGAUGAUGAUGAUGAUGAUGAUGAAGAAUAUUCCGAUGAUGAUGACGAUAAAUUUUCGAAUGAUGAUCAUGGGGAGGAGGAGGACGAUGAUUCGGAUGGGGAUCAUGAUGAUCACGAUUAAGAUAAUGAUGAAGAUGAUGAUGAUGAUGAUGCUGGCGGCGAGUAGGAUGAGGAUGAUGACGACGGUGAUGACUCGGAUGACGUUGAUGAUGAUGUUGAUGAUGAUGAUGAUGAUGAUUCAUAUGAAGGUGAUGAUGGUUCAGAUGAUGAUGACCAUCUUGACGACGGAUCGGUUGAUGACGAUGAUGAUAAAGAUGUUUCGAAAGAUGAUGAUGGUGUUUCGGAUGACGCUCAUGGUUAUGGUGUUGACGAUGAGGAUAAUAAUGAUGAUGAUUCGAAUGAUAAUGUUGAUGAUUAUAAUGAUCAUAAUAGUGAUGAUUAUUAGUAUGAUGAUGAUGAUGAUAACGAUGCUGUUGCUUCGGAUGAUGAUGACGAACAUGAUAAGCUUUCGGAUGAUCAUGAUGAUGACCAUUUUCAAGAGAUGGUCAUCGUUAUCAUGA